AUGGCGGCCGACAUUACCCAAGGGGUGCCUGAUGGCGGGUACGGCAGCCCAACGGAUAAAGCCCCCAGCGGCCGCUUGGAAGACCCUGAAAAGAUGGCGAUUUCUGGGGAUGCUACCGAUGAUGAUACGGGGACGCCUCCGGCAGAGACCCAAGCGCAGCAACGAUGGAACGAAUCAGCCGUGAACAUAUAUCGAUUCUUUUCCUCCAUCUACGCCUUCAUUCUGAUGGGCAUGACCGACGGCGCGGUCGGGGCUCUCCUCCCAUAUAUCGAAACCUACUACACCAUCAGCUACACCGUCGUCUCACUUGUCUUCCUCUCGCCCUUCGUGGGCUAUCUGCUCGCCGCGAUCCUCAACAAUCUCAUUCACCACCACUUCGGCCAGGUCGGCGUAGCCGUUCUCGGCCCCGUCUCCCGCCUGGUCGGCAUCAUCCCGCUCGUCUUCCACCCGCCAUACCCGGCGCUUCCCGUGGUGCUCCUCUUCACGGGCUUCGGCAACGGCAUCGAGGACAGCGCCUGGAACGCCUGGAUCGGCAACAUGCAGCGGGCCAACGAGCUGCUCGGUUUCCUGCACGGCGCCUACGGGCUGGGCGCCACCAUCGGCCCGCUGAUCGCCACGGCCAUGGUCACACGCGCCGGCCUGCCGUGGUACACCUUCUACUACGUCAUGAUCGGCCUGGACGGGCUGGCCCUGCUGCUGCUGACGACGGCGUUUUGGCGCGCCACGGCGAGCGUCCACCGCGCCCAGCACCGCGCGGCCAACGGCGGCAAGCGCACCACCACCCGCACCGUGCUCCGCUCGCCCAUCGUCUGGCUGGUGGCCCUGUUCCUGCUUGGCUACGUCGGCGCCGAGGUGUCGCUGGGCGGGUGGAUCGUGACCUUUAUGCUGCGCGUGCGAGGCGCCGAGCCCUUCAUCGCCGGCUUGACCGUCACCUUCUUCUGGCUGGGCCUGACCGUCGGCCGCGUCGCGCUCGGCUUCGUGACGGGCCGCAUCGGCGAGAAGCUCGCCAUCACCGUCUACCUCUUGCUCUCGAUUGCCCUGCAGCUGUUAUACUGGUUGGUGCCCAACUUCGCGGCAUCGGCUGUCUUUGUGACAUUUCUGGGCUUCUUCCUCGGCCCGUUGUUCCCCGCCGCCAUUGUGGCUGCCACGAAACUGCUGCCGAGCGAUUAUCACGUCUCAGCUAUUGGGUUUGCCGCGGCGUUCGGGGGUGGUGGUGCCGCGUUGUUUCCGUUUGCUGUGGGAGCGAUUGCGCAGAGCAAGGGCGUCGAGGUGUUGCAGCCGGUAUGUCUGGCCAUAUUGGUGUUCAUCUUGUUGAUGUGGUGGCUGUUGCCCGGCGGGCUGAGGAUGGGAGGGCUGGAGAAUGCAAGGGAUAGCGGCGAGAAGGUUGGAGAUGGUUUCCGGAAUAGUGUUGGGUGGCUCAGAUCCAAGGCAACGGGGAGGAAGCUUGGGUAA